CAUGAGAUAAUUCUAAUGAAACCAGAUUGUAUAAAUUUUGUCCUAAACUGAAUUUCAGUGUAUUGUGAAACUGUAGGUAUUUCAGGUUAUGUCAAAAAGUCUGAAUUUCUUAAUAUAGAUAUCUAAUGAUGAUUUCUGUUUGUUUGGCUUCUUUUUUUUUUGUAAGUCAUUUCAUUUUCCCUUGACUCAAUACUUGUUUGGCUUUCAAAAAAAAAAGCUAAUAUUCAAAUGACUAAAAACAAAUUCCCCAAUUUAUGGAAUAUAUUCAACAUAUAAAGGAUCCGAUUUUAAAAGUCAAUUGUAUGAAGAAUUCAUCUGUGCAACAUCAGAAAAAUGAAGCAAGUCAAUAAAAAAGAUGUCUGAAAUUAUUCUUUCCUUUUUCAGAAUCCAUCUGAGAAAAUGCUGCUACCAAAAGCCUUUCUGCUGCUCAUGUCCUUGAACUUGGUUCAUGGAAGGUUUUAUGAUGAGCGAUACCAAACACCCACUGGCAUAAAAGGCCCACCAUCCAAUACCAAGACCCAGUUUUUCAUCCCCUAUAGCAUAAAGAGGAAUGGUAUAGCAGUAAGAGGCGAGCAAGGUGUUCCUGGCCCACCAGGCCCCGCUGGACCUCGAGGACACCCUGGUCCCUCUGGACCACCAGGAAAACCAGGUUACGGAAGUCCUGGACUCCAAGGAGAGCCAGGAUUGCCAGGACCACCAGGAUUAUCAGCUACUGGGAAGCCAGGUUUACCAGGGCUCCAAGGAAAGCCAGGAGAGAGAGGGCCAUAUGGACCAAAAGGAGAUAUUGGACCGGCUGGCUUACCAGGACCUCGGGGCCCACCAGGACCACCUGGAAUCCCCGGCCCAGCUGGAAUUUCUGUGUCAGGAAAACCUGGACAACAGGGACCUACAGGUGCCCCAGGACCUAGGGGCUUUCCUGGAGAAAAGGGAGCAGCAGGAGCUCCUGGAGUGAAUGGACAGAAAGGAGAAGCAGGAUAUGGCACUCCUGGGCGACCAGGUGAAAGGGGACUUCCAGGCCCUCAGGGUCCCAUGGGACCACCUGGCCCUCCUGGUGUGGGCAAAAGAGGUGAGAAUGGGCUUCCAGGACAGCCAGGCAUCAAAGGGGAUCGGGGUUUUCCAGGAGAGAGAGGAGCAAGUGGCCCACCAGGUCCGCAAGGUCCUCCUGGGGAACGAGGACGAGAGGGCAUUGGAAAGCCAGGUGCUGCUGGACUUCCAGGCCAGCCAGGGAUUCCAGGGACAAAAGGCCACCCUGGGAUUCCAGGAGCUGAUGGGCAGCCUGGGCCUCCUGGCUUUGGGAAGCCAGGUUUACCUGGCAUGAAGGGACCAAGAGGACCUGCUGGUCUCCCAGGGGGUCCAGGGGCCAAAGGAGAACAAGGGCCAGCAGGUCAUCCAGGGGAGCCAGGGCUGACUGGACCUCCUGGCAAUAUGGGACCCCAAGGACCAAAAGGCAUCCCAGGCAACCAUGGCCUUCCAGGCCCUAAAGGUGAGACAGGGCCAGUUGGGUUGGCAGGACCCCCUGGGGCUAGAGGAUCAAGGGGUCCCCCUGGGUUGGAUGGAAAACAAGGAUACCCAGGAGAACCAGGCCUCAAUGGUCCUAAGGGUAACCCGGGGUUACCAGGUCCAAAAGGUGACCCUGGAGUGGGAGGACCUCCUGGUCUUCCAGGCCCUAUAGGUGCAACAGGACCUAAGGGGGUACCUGGACACAAUGGAGAAGCUGGUCCAAGAGGUUCUACUGGUAUGCCAGGCACCAGGGGUCCCAUUGGGCCCCCUGGUAUCCCAGGAUUCCCUGGGUCUAAAGGUGAUCCUGGAAACCCAGGUCCCCCUGGCCCAGCUGGCAUAGCAACUAAAGGUCUCAAUGGACCCACAGGGCUACCAGGGCCUCCGGGUCCAAGAGGCCACAAUGGAGAGCCAGGUCUUCCGGGGCCUCCAGGUCCCCCAGGUCCACCAGGCCAAGCAGCCAUGCCUGAGGGCUUCAUAAAGGCAGGGCAAAGGCCCAGUCUUUCUGGGAUGCCUCUUGUCAGUGCCAACCAGGGAGUAACAGGAAUGCCUGUGUCAGCUUUUACUGUUAUUCUCUCCAAAGCUUACCCAGCAAUUGGUGCUCCCAUCCCAUUUGAUAAGAUUUUAUAUAACAGGCAACAGCAUUAUGACCCAAGAACUGGAAUCUUUACCUGCAGAAUCCCAGGAAUAUACUACUUCUCCUACCACAUUCAUGUCAAAGGCACUCAUGCUUGGGUAGGCCUGUAUAAGAAUGGCACUCCAGUAAUGUACACCUAUGAUGAGUAUUCCAAAGGCUACCUAGAUCAGGCUUCCGGCAGCGCCAUCAUUGAUCUCACAGAAAAUGACCAGGUGUGGCUCCAGCUGCCCAAUGCUGAGUCAAACGGCCUGUAUUCCUCAGAGUAUGUCCACUCCUCCUUCUCAGGAUUCCUUGUGGCUCCCAUGUGAGCACAUUUCCACAGAGCUGAUCUAAACUCCUGCUUGAAAAGGUGUUCUCCAACCCCAUCCCUCCCACAAGAUACAUACGGAGGUAAGCUGAAAAUAAUGUGAGUGGUAUUCAUGUUCCCAAACACAGAACUUCCAAACCAAAAAAGAUUUCCCCCAUACAAAUGAGCAGCAAUAGUAAAUCCAUGAAGGCCCUCAUGAGUUUCCAGUCAGUUGUCCUAAGAAGGCCUUUGGGGGAUUUUCUGGAGCAUAUUCAAUAUUGUAAAGUGUUCACUGUGAAAGUCCUGAUAGGUUAAAACAAAUGAUCACAAAACAGAAAUAGGCUUUUAAGUAAGGUUGAGUUCAGAAACUCAGCAUUCCCUCUUAAAAUAAGCCUGUUUCUAAUGAUUAAUAUGACAACUUCUUGGAAACAUUCAGGAGGUAUCACAUAACUUUAUAGAACUUAACUACUUGAAUACUCAAAUUUAAAAGACACUGUACACCCUAGGCUAUUUCUGAUGGUGCAAUAAGGCUUACUUGGCCCUUUUCAUCAAGAGUGAUUCAAAUACAUAGGUGCAUAUAUACUUUCUAAACCUCUCAUAAGAAGCCAAAAUAUUGUGCAAAAACUAGUCUAAAAUGCAAGGUGCUUCAGUCAUGAACCUUUUUAAACCUAUCAUUACAGAAAGUCGUUCAAUAUACCUGGCACAAUUGGGAAAAGAGGUGUCUGACCUAGUCUUUAUUUAUUUAACACAAGUGUGAUUAAUUUGUUGUAAUUCCUUACUGAAUCUUGGAAAUACAAUUUCAUGGGUUUUUAGAACAUGGUGCGUAUGUACCUUGUGCCUCCUUGUCCCGCAAAUUAGAAUUAACAUCAAGGGUUUCAAUAUCUGACCAGAAAUGAAAAUACAUUAUUUAUUUAUGCUCUGUACUGUAUUUUUAUAUUAGUUUAAAAUGUUUAAGCUGUGCCUUACUUAUUAAAGCAUGAAAUGAUUAAUAUACUCAUUCUCAAGCAAUAAAACAACAUCAAUCACUUUUGAUCUGCACUUUCCUCAAAAGCAGCCAUUUGCUAUUUUCAACCAUACUUUUAAAAAAGUCUUUCCAUUGUAUAAAUUAAUGAAGUAGAAAUGGUGAAUUUGUGGGUGGCUUUUACAGUGUCAUAGGUAUGUCUCUUUAUUGGGGAAGGAUGCCACACACACCCAGCACUCAGUAUAGACAGUGAAGUACCCACAAAACCCCAUGUAAACCAGGAGGCAGAGGUAGGACUAAUGAGUGGAUAUAGAAAAGUGAGAAAAUCAACUCAAAGCACUGGUUUUCUAUGGGAGAGAGAACAGCAAGUGUCACAAAAAUAUACAAUUUGAGCAAGUAUUCUUCAAUUGUUUAUUGCCUCAGCAAUAAAUGGCACUUUAGUCACAGUAUUUAAAUUUGUUUUGAUAAGUUGAUUUACAUUAAGAAUGCACACUGUGUUCAUUUUUGUUUUUUCUUUAAACAGUACUGGAGUUUGAACUCAGGGCCCUCAUUCUUCCUGGGCAGGUAUUCUACCCCUGAGCCAUUCCCCUGCCUAUCUUCUUCCUUUAGUUAUUUCUCAGGUAGACGCUCACUGUUUUGCUUAUAGCCAGUCUCAGACUGUAAUUCUUCCAUCUCUGGCCAUCUGCAUAGCUGGAUGCACAGUCGAGCAUACUGACUGAAAGGGAGUCACAAACUUUUUUCCCAGGCUAGCCUCAAAUCAUGAUCCUCCCAAUCUCUGCCUUCUGGGUAACUGAGAUUACAGGUGUAAGCCACCAUGCCAG